UGCAUGCAGAGUAGACUACAAUACAAUACAAUACUAGGUGCGGCGGCCAUCUUUACAACAGCGCAAAACACGGAAAAUACGAAGAGAACUGUCACUGAUUUGUCCAUGUCAUCGUAAGUUGCUCACUCCAACUCUAAGUGUGGUAUAAUGUGGGGAGUCAUUCGGAAAUAUACAUAACACUCCGAUAACUGAACACUUGUAUAAACAGUAUUCACUUGUGUACAGGCGUCAUUGGCAGGAUGGGUGGGCGUCACUGUCAAUCCCUUACCCACCGAAGGACCUACCUGUAUGUGUUAGUCACCAUUGUUUGGACACUGGAAGGCAAUCUUGCAGUUCAACCACCAGUCAUCACAAAGGAGAUCCAAUCUGAGUUUGGUAUUGCUGGAGGUGCUAUUCAGUUUGUCUGUCAAGCUUCAGGAGACCCUGCACCAUUGUUUCGAUGGGAAAAAGGAUCUCGCGAGGCAACAAACAUAAGAACAGAAAUUCUUGAGAUGCCCUCUGGGUCAGUUUUGAGGAUAGAACCACUCAAAGAUGUACGUGAUGAUGCGGAGUUUCACUGUAUUGCAUCUAACAUAGCAGGCACUGCUAGGAGUACUGCUCGACUGACAGUUUACAAAGCUACCAGCAUUCCUGCCGGUUUCCCAGUCAUAACAAGAGGCCCUGCUCUGGAUGUGGUUGAGAAAGGAUAUUCUGCAGUUCUCAAUUGUGAGGCAUCGGGCAAUCCGGACCCUGAGCUUUUAUGGUUCAAAGAUUAUAUCCCUGUGGACCUUAGCACAGAGAGAAUCAAGUUAACAUCAUCUGGAUUGUCAAUAUCGAUGUCUGAGUUUUCUGACCAAGGAAAGUACCAGUGUGCUGCCAGGAAUUCAGCUGGUACCCACUUCUCGGAUCCAGCACUUUUAUAUGUUAGAGAAAGGAAGGUUCCACCACGCUUUACCAUCUGGCCUCAAAGUCAAGAAGUUGUACCUGGAGGGAAUGUGAAUUUGACAUGCGUUGCUAAUGGUUCCCCGAUGCCGGUCAUUAAGUGGACAAAAGGUGAUGAGGAUCUAAGUGGGCCAGACGAGGAGCUCCCUGCUGGGCACAGUGUCCUUGUUUUAAAGAAUGUUCAACAAACAGCGGAUUUUACCUGUUAUGCCAUGAGUAGCCAAGGAGAAAUUGAAGUGACGAUAACAGUAACAGUAAGAACCCGACCAGAUCCUCCACCUACUCCAGUGUUACAGCAAGUAACAGCUAAUACAAUAACUGUCCGAUGGACAGCUGGAACUGCAGACCCAAUCAAGUCCUAUUUCUUGAUGUACAAACCGAGUUCAAGCACGGGGGACUUUGUGGAAAUAGCAGGAGUAACAACGGAAACAUACACCAUACUGGAUCUAAUGCCAUUCACACAGUAUGACGUUAAGGUUUCAGCAGUGAACACAAUAGGACGAGGAAAUCCAAGCAAUGCAUUGAUGGUUACAACAGCAGAAUUGGCUCCCUCAACAGCACCCAAAGAAGUUCGUGCAAGUCCCUUAAGCUCAAGUACCAUAGUGGUACAGUGGGAACCACCAGAAAGACCCAACGGGGUGAUCAGAGGUUAUAACAUCUACUACAGUAAUACACCAAAUCAAGAUCUGAGUUCCUGGUACAGCCGAACAGAGGACAACACCCAGAGGCUGAUACUUAUAAGCGACCUAAACACCAUGCAGAUCUAUUCAGUGCGCAUUUCAGCCUACACAUCUGUUGGUGAGGGGCCAGCUUCGGCACCCGUUCAAGUUAAAACUCAGCAAGGAGUUCCGAGCCAGCCAGAAGUGUUUUCAGGUGAGGCUAUCUCAGCCACCCAAAUCCGUUUAAACUGGCGUCAACAUGAAACAGAGGCUACAAUUACUUAUUAUGAGUUGUACUACAAUGACUCCAAGUCUGAGCGGGAGCAACACAGGAGUAUACCUAUAACGGAAACUUACAUGCUGGAAGAUCUCAAACCAAAUACUUUGUAUAAUGUCCGCAUAGCUGCAAGGUCAAGGGCAGGUCAAGGGGCAAGCACUCCUAUCAUAUCUGUACGAACACAGCAAGCUGUCCCUGGUGCUCCUCCACAAGAUGUCCGAGCAACCACCUUGAGUUCUACAAGCCUUCGUAUUGAAUGGGAAGCACCUCCCGAGGCGCGCCAAAAUGGUGAUAUCACAAGUUAUAAAGUGAACUAUUUGAAGCUUCCUGGUGAUACACAAACCCAACUGAUGCAGGAGGUUGGUCCUAGUGACAGAUCAUGUACCCUUACCAACCUUGACAAGUGGACACGUUAUGAGAUUACUGUGUUAGCAACUACAGUUGUUGGUGAUGGUCCUGCAUCCAUGCCAAUACGUGUGCAAACCGAUGAGGAUGUACCCGACGGGCCACCACGCAAGGUUAUAGUUGAAGCUUUGAACUCGACCACAAUUUCUGUCAAAUGGAAUCCCCCAUCGUUAGACCGGCAACAUGGUGAGCUCCGUGGAUACCAAGUUCACUAUCAAGUUGUUACUGUCGAUGAAGAUCCACUGGGACCGGUACAGGUUGAAUGGGUAGCAACGGCUGAAAGCAGGGAAAACCAAGAUGAAAAGGAAAUGCUUUUGAGAAAUCUUUCUCCAAAGACGUAUUACUCAAUUGAAAUAGCUGCUUACACCAUUAGGGGAGAUGGUGAAAGAAGCAGACCCAAGGUGGUUCAAACGCCUGGACAAGUUCCUGGUCGUCCAAAAGCAUUUACUGUUGAGAUGCUUGAGAGUGGUGAAUAUCAUGGUCUCUGGGAACCUCCAGAUAACACCCAUGGAGACUUGAAGAUGUAUAAAUUGAGUUACAGCACUAGCACCAGUAAGACACUCUACAUAGAGAUCAGACCACCUUUCACAGAGUCAAGACGUUUCUUUUUAAGUAAAGGCCAGAGGUACUUGUUCACCCUUGCUGCUGCAAACAGUGAAGGUUAUGGACCGUCGAUAGAUUUUACUGUCACUACCAAAGAGGGAAAACCUACUGGUGCACCACAGAAUUUUAGUGGGAAGGUACUGUCAAGUACCUCAGUUGAGCUUUCAUGGGAAGCACCAUCGAUUGAGGAGAGUAACGGUGGUAUUAUACGCUAUACAGUGCGCUACUACUUGGAACAAGAUCCUGGUCAGGAAUUUAUCAAUGACACUGUGGAUACCAAGAUGACUUUCAUUGAUUUGAAACCAAACACUGAGUAUAUCUUUCAAGUACGGGCCCACACAGCUGUUGGCGCAGGUCCAUACGGGAGUUCACAGAUACAACACACACCACCACCCCAACCCACGGAAGCUCCACGUAUAUCCAAGGUAACUGCAGUCAGCACUACGUCUAUAAUGGUUGAAUGGAAACCUCCUCGCAAUAUUGAGAGUGACCGCUCCGGCCUUACUUACGUCAUCUACUUUACAAGAGGUUCCAUAGAUACUGAUCCUGAGACCUGGCAACGGCUGGUUGUGGGUAAUUUCCAUCAUGCUGAGUUAUCUGGUCUGGAGCCCAACUCUCACUACGGAAUUCAAAUACAGUUGCAUACUCCUCAAGGAAACUCUCCGUUCUCCAGCAUCCGUUACUCAACUACACUUAAUAAAGAAUCUACUGCGCCUGAAAAUUUUCAAGCUGAGUUGAAGGAAGGCAAUGCGGUUAAACUGACAUGGAGUAUGCCAACGAGCGUAGAUGGGCCUAUUACUGGAUACACAAUAAGCUAUUCAACCAGUUCACAAGCACAGAGGGACCAUCCUGACUAUGUGGACCGAGGUAGGAGUGUUGAUAUGACCAACCAACAGAGAUCAGUUCAGUUCACCGGCUUGAUGCCCAACAUGGAGUACCAGUUCAACAUCACUGCAUUAACUGAGACAGGUUCAAGCCCACCUGCUACUGUUUUGGUGUUCACAAAAAGAUCAGCUCCGCUUGACGUACCACCCCUUAUUGUCAAUGACAUGUCGGCAACAACAUUGGAAGUCACAAUACCCCAACUUGAACAAAAGAGUGGACCAAUAGACCAUGUUCUGGUAGUCGUUGUACCUCUGCAAAGUGGAUCUGAUGGAAAGCCCAUUUUUCCGCCGUCACGUAAUCCGAGCAGCUUUACAUUGAGUGAGUUGUUGGAAACAAGUCAGUCACGGAGGCAAAGAGAUACAUCUUUAAGAUUGAGGAGAGCUACCAGCGUCUUGUUUCCUUAUGUUACUGCUAAACUUUUCCCUAAUGAGCUUAUGGAGCCAUUCGUCAUUGGAGAUGAAAGCUUUGUCAAUGGUUUUCACAAUCGACCACUAGAAGUCGACAAACACUAUACAUUCUUCGUUCGAGCUGGGGUUUUGUCAGAAGAUGAGGAAUUGUUAGUGACAUGCAGUGAGUACAUUUCACCAGUGACGCUUCAGAUACAAGGGGACGAUGUGGGAACUAAAGACGUGUCAACCGACGAUCCGAAAGAAAGCGGUUCUAUAUUACCAAUUAUUGUAGCUGUUAUAGGUGUGAUCGUUCUUUUGGUUAUUGUCAUCAUUGUUGGAUUCUUCAUCAGAAAUAAGAGGAGGAAUGGCCCACAUGAACGUAGACCCAAACGAAAAGACACAAAUGCACCCAAUCCAUCUGACCCUGUAGAAAUGAGAAGAAUGAACUACCAAACACCAGCCAUGAUGUCCCAUCCACCAAUUCCUGUAAUGGAAUUGAGUGAUCAUAUUGAACGACUCAAGAGUAAUGAAAACCUCCUGUUUUCUCAAGAAUAUGAGUCCAUAGAGCCAGGCCAGCAGUUUACAUGGGAUCAUUCCAAUUUGGAGUUGAAUAAACCCAAGAAUCGUUACGCAAAUGUGAUUGCAUACGACCAUUCCAGAGUAAUUCUGGCACGUGUAGACGGAUUGCUCGGAAGUGACUACAUCAAUGCCAACUACUGUGAUGGUUACCGUAAGCAAAAUGCUUACAUUGCUACUCAAGGUCCUCUACCAGAGACACUUGGGGACUUCUGGAGAAUGGUGUGGGAGCAACGUACAUGUACUUUAGUGAUGAUGACCAAGCUUGAAGAGAGGAAUCGUGUUAAGUGUGAUCAGUAUUGGCCUAGUAAGGGACAAGAUACAUAUGGCGAUAUACAAGUCACUCUUCAUGAUAUGACAGACUUGGCAACUUACUCAGUUCGCAACUUUUCAUUAAUCAACAUCAAGAAACCGGCUGAGAAGCGUGAGGUGCGGCAGUUUCAGUUCACAGCGUGGCCAGACCAUGGUGUUCCAGAGCAUGCUACACAAGUCCUGGCCUUUGUUAAUCGCAUCAAAGCAUGUAAUCCAUCUGAUGCUGGUCCAAUUGUUGUUCACUGCAGUGCUGGAGUUGGUCGCACUGGAGCUUUCAUCGUCAUUGAUUCUAUGUUGGAACGCAUCAAACAUGAGAAGACAGUUGACAUCUACGGUCAUGUGACCUGCCUGCGGGCACAACGUAACUACAUGGUGCAGACAGAGGAGCAAUACAUCUUCAUCCACGAGGCCUUGUUAGAAGCCGUACUGAGUGGCAACACAGAGGUACCGGCACGAAAUCUGUAUUCUCACAUUCAGAAACUGACUCAACCCGAACCAGGCGAGACCAUCACAGGAAUGGAGAGUGAAUUUAAGCGCCUUGCUAAUCAGAAAGCACUGCCGUCUAAGUUUGUGAGUGCUAAUCUACCUGCUAACAAGUUCAAGAACAGACUGGUCAACAUUCUUCCAUAUGAAUCAACUCGUGUGUGUCUGCAGCCAAUACGCGGAGUUGAAGGUUCAGACUACAUUAAUGCAAGCCAUAUUGAUGGAUACAAGCAAAAGAGUUCCUACAUCGCUACACAAGGCCCACUUGCAGAGACAACUGAAGAUUUCUGGAGAAUGUUGUGGGAGCAGAAUUCUACUAUUAUCGUCAUGCUGACUAAGCUGAGAGAGAUGGGCAGAGAGAAGUGUCAUCAGUAUUGGCCAGCUGAAAGAUCUGCCAGAUAUCAGUACUUUGUUGUUGAUCCUAUGUCGGAAUACAACAUGCCCCAAUAUAUCUUGCGAGAGUUCAAGGUCACCGAUGCAAGGGAUGGACAGUCACGAACAAUUCGUCAGUUUCAGUUUACUGAUUGGCCAGAUCAGGGGGUACCAAAGUCAGGUGAAGGAUUCAUUGAUUUCAUUGGUCAAGUGCAUAAGACCAAGGAACAGUUUGGGCAGGAUGGCCCCAUCUCAGUUCACUGCAGUGCUGGUGUUGGACGCACUGGUGUAUUCAUUACUCUGAGUAUUGUUCUGGAACGAAUGAGAUUUGAGAGUGUAGUGGACAUGUACCAGACAGUCAAGAUACUGAGAACUCAACGCCCAGCUAUGGUUCAGACAGAGGACCAGUACCAGUUCUGCUACCGUGCAGCGUUCGAGUAUCUUGGAUCAUUUGAUCACUUCACAUAAAUCUGCUCCGAGCUAAUGCUGUAUUCACAACCUUAAGUUCACAGAAUGUACCGACAGCCAGGAGGCAAAGUGUCAUUUUAUGAGAGAAUUACUAACUGUACAAAGCCAUCGGCCUUUUUGAGAUAUCGCAGACACAAUGCUACUACACUUUUAAGGUUUGGGGUAAACUUGUGUGUAUAUACCCAAACCAAACAGUACACCCCUAUCACAUCCGCCAUACCUCAAAAAGGCUUAUUUGCUGUGGAGCCUAACCAAAACUUAGUAAGACUUACUAGACAAGCUGCAGUACUUAAUUGAUAAAAAGAAGAGAGCAUCGCACACAUUUGUUGUACUUUUAAUAGAUUGACACAUUUGCUUGACAUGGAAUGUUAGUAAUUUCAAUACUUUGAAAGCAUUAACUGAUUCCUUUCUCAUUGCCAAGUAGUAGUUUCUUUUAAGAAGUACUUAAAAUAGUACUUAACAGAGUUACUUAAAAAAGUACUAUACCUUUUUUUUGACACAUUCAGUUAGAUUGGCCAUUGUGUGUUCAAACCUGCUUGUUUUCACAUGUGUGUCUGCAGGCAUUUUAUGGGAUAUCAAUUGGUUUUCUCAAAGAGACAACCACUGGGCUAUGUUAGCUGCCUGAGAAACUUUUGCUGUUGGGAAAAAAACAACACCCUGUGUGGUACAUGUACAUGUAUGUAAGAUUGAAAUACGUGAAAACAGCGGUUAUACAUGUAUUCAGCUUGCAGCCGUAACUGAUGAAUUAAUUCGAUAAAAUGGAGUUUCUGUUUUCAUUCAUGCACUAUCACCAAAUGUGAUAAUUCCAAUGGAUUAGAAUGACUGCAUACAUGCAGGAUGAUUUUUCAAUUGAAACAGUGAGCAAGUACAAUGUAGUUAGCAUGGGCAGUGGAUUAAAACAUUGAGUUCAAACACUAGAGAGGUCAAAGGUUGCUUGUGAGUAUCUCCCACUCUUAACCUUGGACAAAGCAAACUCAAAAACAAGAAUUAGAAUGUUUGAAAAGUAGAAACAACUAUCUAAAUGAAUUUUUUUGUAAAUAAAUACGAUGAUAAUAACUCCAUAAGUCUCAACGGGGAAAUAAUAUUGCCAUAGUUAUUUGUAGCUUACCAUUUUAACGUUAUGAUAUUCUUGAAAUAUACUGUAAACGGUUUGGUUUUUUUAAUGGUCCGUAGUAUAUGUGGACCUAUUUCUGUUUGUGUUCAUAGUGUAGCCAUAUUUUUGAUCAGUCUCCACCUUGGAGGUUUUAAAAUGGUGCUGGGUUGUUAUUUUUAAGACACAAAAACAUUUUAUUUACCACAAAGUUACAGUCUGUGAAACAAACAAAACAAACAAACUUUGAAAGGGGGUACUAUUUCAAGUUCACCUCGUUUUAAAAGUAUGUGAUUUUGUUCAUGUUUAUGUAGUGAGUGCAUACCACCGUAGUUAUGAAUUUAUAUGCAGCAGAAAAGUAGUUGUAAAAAUACGUAUAAAAUAAAAAAGUAUUUGGAAUUAGUUUGUGAUAUUUGGCCCGUUUUGAAGCAAAAUGAUGCAUUACAUAUAGAUCGUGGUAUUCAUAAUUUUUUAAGUACUAACAUAAAGUAUAGCUGUUGAUAAAGUAGAUUUUUAGUCUUUUAUGUUUUCACUGGUCGUAUGCCAGUACUUUUUUUAAGAUAAGUUUUUCUUUAUAUUUUAUAUUGCGUAAAGAGAGUUCUGCCAAAUUAUUUGUUUAAAAUUUGUUGAAUGAGGAUUUGCCAUGUCUUGAAAUGCUUCCCCAAUUAUCUUCAAACCCCCUCAGUGCUUG